UAUUUUCACAGUCACUACAAAAGUUUCAACAAGUUCACUCGCGUUUAUUUGUAACAAAUCCCGCAUCAAAGGCAAGGUCAAGUAAAGAGUGAUAACGAAGCGUAAACCUUUUCUGGUUAAUCAAGCCAGGUUGCGAAGCAUUCUCAAGAUAGUAAAACGGGUCACAUUUUGAUAGUGUCAAGAAACGCUGCCAAGAAGUUGUCAGUCCUUAUCAGCCUCAACGUGCAAUAUUUUCGUGUUACUUGAAUUUUGUCAUUGCAAACUAAAAAGUAAUUUAGUGCUGGUGUCAGGUUGGGGCUUAAAAUUGACGUGGUGAUGGCUUUUUUGGUGUUACUCGUGGGACUGUUAACGGCGGCUCUAAUGCUAGUUCUUUGGAUGCAGAAAAAACUUGUGUACUGGAAAAACUUGGGCGUCCCAUAUGCUGAGCCCGACUUUCUCUACGGGAACCUCAAAGGUGUCAGUGAAUUUCACCACGAAGGCCUAUUGACCCAGAAGUUCUAUAAAGAAUAUAAAGGGAAAGGCCCCUUCGUCGGGGUUUAUUUUUUCCUAAAGCCAGUCGCAAUCCCCACCGACAUUGAACUUGUCAAGAACAUUCUGAUCAAGGACUUCAACUUUUUCCACGAUCGCGGUUUGUUCUAUAAUGAGAGGGAUGACCCUUUGUCAGCGAGUUUGUUCAAUUUACCCGGUUUUGAGUGGAAACAAAUGCGAAAUAAACUGUCACCAACAAUGGCAAGUGGAAAAUUGAAAAUGAUGCUCCCAGCUAUGCUCGAGAUUGCAACCAAAUUUGAAAGGAAAAUUGACGAAAUUUGUGGAGGCGGAGUAGAACUGGACAUAAAAAAUCUGAUGGCUCGGUUUACGCUGGAUAUUAUUGGGACUUGCGCUUUUGGACUGGAAACAAAUAGCCUAGACGAUGACACUAAUGAUUUUUUUCGGAUUGGAAUAAGCGUCUUUAACAACCCAAAAUACGGAGCUAAAUUCAUGUUCCUUUUGCAUGGUUUCCGGAAAUAUGGGCGAAUACUCCGUCUUAAAACUUUCCGGGACGAAGUUAUAAAAUUCUACACAGACAUUGUUCGAAAAAUCGUCGACUAUCGCUUGACUAAUCGUAUUGAAAGGAACGAUUUCAUGCAGCUCCUGAUAAAGCUCCAUACAAGUGAUGGUGAGGACAAUUUAUCCUUCAACGAUCUUUUGGCGCAAGCUUUUUCAUUCCACGCCGCUGGAUUUGAGACUUCCUCAACGACCCUGCAGUUCUGUUUCUACGAACUUGCUUGUAACCCCGAAAUUCAAGAUAAGACCAGAAAUCAUAUCAACGAAGUCCUGGAGAAACAUAACGGAGAGUUAUCCUAUGAAGCUUUUCUGGAUAUGAAGUAUCUUGAUCAGGUCAUCAAUGAAACUUUGCGAAAGCAUCCACCGGUCGGGGCAUUACUUCGAGAAACUAGCAAGGACUACAAAAUUCCUGAUACCCAGUUCACUAUUGAGAAAGAUACAACCGUCUUUAUUCCAAUCUACGCCAUCCACCACGAUCCCGAGUUCUAUCCGAACCCCUCAAAAUUUAAUCCAGAUAACUUUAUCGAGGAAAGCAUCCGGAGUCGACCAUCAGUAGCGUUCCUACCAUUUGGAGAAGGACCACGGAUUUGUAUAGGCGCUCGGUUUGGGAUGAUGCAAGUGAAAAUCGGCCUGAUAGCGGGACUACGGAAAUUUAGAUAUACUCUUUCGCCGAGGACUAAGCAACCUUUGAAACUCUUAACUAAAUUCUUUAUUACCCACGCUGAAGGUGGCAUUUGGUUGAAUGUUGAUCCUCUGAGUUAAGUUAUGGUUGGUAAAUGUUUCGUAGUAAAAUACUUUUAUAAUUAUGUAAA